CCCCCCUUGACGGUUACUUUUGCUGGCAGCUCACAAACCACUCUUCUAUGUCCUACCAGCUUUACGAGCUGACAGCACUGAACGAGCUUCCCGAUACACUGAAUAUUCGGAUAUAUACCACAUCUAAUACAGACCCAACACCUGAUAUUAAUGCCGUAUGUUCUUUGAAUGCUUCUGAAGAGACCCCCACAUACCUGUUUGAGGUGUCGUCUGCUCAGGACAAGGACAUUAACAUCACAUCCCUGAGCUCGCUGGCACAGCCGUGUCCACCCGAGGUGCAGGCCACCUACUCCUAUGUCGUUGACGGCACGGGGUGCAAUGGCAGCGACUCCGAUUUGAACUUCUGUGUCGAUCGGCGGACAGCGAGAACAGACUAUGGCCUGUGCUCCUCCCGUAUUCUCUUCUCAGCGGGCGGCAACCUGACGUGUAUCGCGGCUUUCAGAGUCAGCGGUGCCCUGGUGGUGAUGUUGCUCAACCAAGAUGUUUCUCUUGUCACCUCAACAUCCCGCUUUGCCUGCAUGGUAAACAAUUUUGUUGUGUUUUCACCGCAGAGCCUAUCUAAAGUUUACUUGUUUACCUCCAUCUUCUGCCUUCACCCGACUGGUAAAUAGA